AUGCAGGACGACGGCUUCGAGGCUCUUUUGGAGCCCUUUUACAACGGAAAGAAGCUGACGGAUCCUAUCUCGACCAAGGAGGAUAAAUUUCAGCUCUUACCCGCCUUUCUCAAGGUGAAGGGUCUCGUCAAGCAGCACAUUGACUCGUACAAUUUCUUUGUCGAAAAUGAGAUCAAGGAAAUUGUCCGCGCCAACCGCAUUGUUCGAAGCGAUGUGAAUAGUUCAUUCUGGCUCGAGUUCACUGAUAUCAGAGUUGAGCGGCCCAGUCGCGUCGACUUCAACGAUAUCAGAGCUCAGAAUGAGGUUACACCAAUGGAGUGUCGUUUGCGCGACAUGACCUACGCUGCACCCAUCAUGGUCGACAUCGCCUACAUUCGCGACAAGUCCAAGAUUGUUCGGAAGAAUGUCCCCCUCGGACGCCUUCCCGUCAUGUUGAAGAGUUCCAUCUGCAGACUUGGUGGGGCCAACAACGCAGAGAUGUCGCGCAUGAAUGAGUGUCCUCUUGAUCCCGGUGGCUACUUCAUCAUCAAUGGCACGGAGAAGGUCAUCCUCAUUCAGGAACAGCUGAGCAAGAACCGUGUCAUUGUUGAAGCCGACGAGAAAAACAGCGUCAUCACAGCAUCAGUUACCAGUUCGACUCACGAACGCAAGUCCAAGACGUAUGUGACGCUCAAGAAGGACCGGAUUCUUCUCACUGCCAACAUUUUGGUGGAAGGCAUCCCCAUUGUCAUCAUCCUGAAGGCGCUCGGGGGCCUGUCAGACUACGAAAUCAUGCAACUCGUUGCCGGCGACAACGGAAAAUAUCAAGACGAGUUCCUCAUUCAAUUUGAGGAAGCAACCAAGGUUGGCGUCUAUACGCAACAGCAAGCCUUGGAGUAUAUCGGCGCCAGAGUAAAGAUGGGCAAAAGUAGGGUCCCCUUCGCCGCGCAAGUCCGAAGAAACCACGUCGAAGAAGCUCUCGACGCCUUGGCGAACCUCAUCAUCGCCCACGUCCCCAUUGAGGGCCUGGACUUCUAUCCCAAGGCUGUCUAUGUGGCUUUCAUGACGCGACGUGUCUUGAUGGCGCAAGCCGACCCAAGUCUCGUUGACGACCGUGAUUUCGUCGGAAACAAGCGACUCGAGUUAGCAGGACAACUUCUCUCCCUGCUUUUUGAAGAUUUAUUCAAGCAAUUUUGUGGCAACGUCAAGAGCAGCAUCGACAAGGUUCUUAAGAAAGACAACAGAGCUGUUCCUCUUGAUGCCGUUAACAUGAUCAGCAACCACGCCAACAUGAUUGGUCAGGGUAUCAAUCGAGCUAUCCAGACAGGAAACUGGACCGUCAAGCGUUUCAACAUGAACCGAGCCGGUGUUACCCACGUCCUCAGUCGUCUAAGCUACAUCAGCGCUCUCGGUAUGAUGACUCGAAUCAGCUCGCAGUUUGAAAAGACCCGUAAAGUCUCCGGUCCUCGUGCUCUUCAACCCUCACAAUGGGGUAUGCUUUGCACCUCAGAUACACCCGAAGGUGAAGCCUGUGGUUUGGUCAAGAACUUGGCUCUCAUGACGCACAUCACAACCAACGUAGAGGAAGCGCCAGUCAAGCGAUGGGUCUUCACUCUGGAUGCCGGUGUGGAACCUAUUCGGAACUUCUCAGGCGGAGAAAUGCACCGCGAGACUUCGUACGUCAUUCACAUAAACGGAACCCCAUUCGCAUUGACCAGAUACCCGAAGCGAUUUGCGGGUAAGUUCAGAACGAUGAGAAGGCGCGGCUGGAUUUCUCCCUUCGUCAGCAUUCAUAUCAACAAUCACUUCAACGCAGUCCACAUUGCCACCGAUGAAGGACGUAUUUGCCGACCUUACAUCAUUGUCAAGAACGGAAAGCCCAAGCUCAAGGAGGAACACCUGAGACUUUUGCAACUGGGCAAGGCUACGUUCGACGAUUUUUUAACUCAUGGUAUUGUCGAGUAUCUUGACGUCAACGAAGAGAACGACACUCUCGUUGCUCUCUACGAGAAAGACGUUACCCCUCUUACUACACACAUGGAAAUCGAGCCUUUCACUGUUCUUGGCGCAGUCGCUGGUCUCAUUCCCUUCCCUCACCACAACCAAUCUCCUCGAAACACCUACCAAUGCGCCAUGGGUAAACAAGCUAUUGGCGCUAUCGCAUACAACCAAUUUAACCGUAUCGACACCCUGCUUUACACCCUUGUCUAUCCGCAAAGACCAAUGGUCAUCUCAAAGACAAUUCAGCUUGUCAACUACGAUAAACUCCCCGCUGGUCAGAACGCAACAGUUAUUGUCAUGUCGUACUCGGGCUACGAUAUUGAGGACGCGUUAGUCUUGAAUAAGGCAUCAUGUGAUCGCGGUUUCGGACGCUGCCAAGUAUUCCGCAAGUACACAGCCGAGCUGCAAAAGUACCCCAACGGCCGACGCGAACGCAUUGGUGAUCCGGUCAACGACGAAAACGGCAGGACGACCAAGCACGAGGCCUUGGACGACGAUGGUCUCGCCAUUGUGGGCUACAAGGUCAAUUCUGGCGAGGUCAUGAUCAAGAAGGAAACACCUCUCGAUACUGGAUCCACAGGUAUCGGCAUGGAUCGUGGACCAAGCGAAUUCAGAGAUUCCUCCAUCUCAUACAGAAUUGCGGACCCCGCAUACAUCGACAAGGUGAUGGUGUCCCACACGGAGAGAGAAACGAUGGUGGUCAAGGUUCAGACACGACAGACAAGAAGACCGGAGCUUGGUGACAAGUUCUCGUCCCGUCACGGACAAAAGGGUGUUGUUGGAAUCAUCGUCGACCAAGAGGAUUUGCCAUUCUCUGACACUGGCCUGGUUCCCGAUAUCAUCAUGAACCCUCACGGUUUCCCGUCCCGUAUGACUGUUGGCAAGCUGCUUGAAUGCUUGACUGGCAAGGCUUCGGUUCUGGACGGACGAAAAGACUACGGAUUUGGCGACGCUUUCCGCUCUCACCCCCUGGAACAGAUGAGCGCUGCCCUGGUCGAUCACGGUUUCUCCUGGGAAGGCAAAGACUACUUCACUUCGGGUAUCACUGGAGAGCCUCUGGAAGCUUACAUCUUCAACGGACCCAUCUACUACCAGCGCCUGAAGCACAUGGUGCAAGAUAAGAUGCACUCUCGUUCUCGUGGUCCCAGAGCCAUCCUUACCCGCCAACCCACAGAAGGUCGUUCCAGAGAUGGUGGUCUCCGUCUGGGUGAGAUGGAGCGCGAUUGUUUGAUUGCGUACGGUGCAUCCCAGCUACUGCUUGAGCGUCUCAUGAUUAGUUCCGACGGAACGCAGCUUGAUAUUUGCCAGCAGUGCGGUUUGUUCGGUUACAAGGGUUACUGCCACACGUGCAAGAGCACCAGGGAGGUUACACAGAUGACGAUGCCCUACGCCGCCAAACUUCUGGUGCAGGAGCUCAUCAGUAUGAACGUCGGCGUGAGGCUGCAGCUCGCAGACGAGUUCCCUCACCCGAGAUGA